AUGGAGAGCAUUAUUGCAAGACCACGAACUCGAAGUUCUGCUAAAGAAAAGACUCAGACAAUGUCCGCAAAGAAGAUAUCUGCAAAUGGCAACAAUAUUGCUGUUCAAGCAAAAUCAAAGCGAAAUACUCCUCUUGGAGUUAUCAAGCUAGCUAGGCUUCACACCCUCGAGUCGCUUCUAUGUGUCUACCCAGCGAUAUGGGGAGCUUGCUUGAGUGCAGGGAGUCACCAGAAGGUUUUCACGCCAUCAUCAUUCCUCAGCGUCCUUUUUGCAAAUUGGAUUAGCAUGACAAUUGCACAUAUGGCAUUCUGUACCUUCAAUGAUAUCGUUGACCGAAACUUUGAUGGAAAAGUCGAAAGAACAAAGGUUCGACCUUUGCCAGCUGGAAUGAUAAGCCUUCGAUCAGCGAUCAUCGCUUUCAUCGUAGAAAUGGGCCUUACGGUGUACAUCAGCUAUGCCACUUUAGGUUUCGAUGGUGCUCUUGUUUGUGCUCCCGUGUGGAUCGCAAGCACAAUCUACCCAUUCAUGAAACGAGUUGUUCAAUGGCCACAACUUGUUUUGGGGCCCAUCAUCGGAAUGGCAGUUUUCCCUGGCUGGGUUUCCGUCGCUGGAAACUUGGAUACACUUCGAGACGCUGUUCCUAUGUUCCUUGCAACCAGUGCCUGGGUCGUCUACUUUGAUACUAUCUAUGCAACUCAGGAUACAAACGAUGACAAGAAGAUUGGCGUCAAAUCUCUGGCGGUACUUUUCCACAACCACAUGCACCAAUUCCUAGGAUUCCUUGGAUCGAUACAAAUAGCUUUGUUGUCGUUUACUGCGCGCAAAGCAAACAUGUCUGCACUUUUCUGGUCCUUGGGGGUCUGUGUAUGGGGGUUGAACAUCCCAUUCCACCUUCUUUCGUUGGAUACCAAGAAUCCUAAAACUGGAGGCAAAGUUUUCCUGAUGAAUAUUCUCUUGGGACUCUGGAUCACCAUUGUUUGUGUUAUCGAGCUGUGGACGACUACUGUUAUGCACUUGGAUGUAAACGAUUUCCUACUUAAGACGGUCGUGCACAAUAUUACUUUGACUGCACAGAAUAUCAGGAGCAGCGUGGCGUUUUAG